AGCUGGGCCUCAUCCACCACAUCCUCUGGGUCUCCCUGGCCUGCUGGACUUUGUCCUCAACCAGCUGCUCCACAUCACCUGGCAGAAUCUGUGCUAUGCCAUCUACACUCACUGCCCUGCUCUGCCUCGGGCUGUGUCUGAGCCAGAUGAUCAGCUCCCAGAAGUAUACUCUCAUGAAACCCAUCAUUUGGGCUAAGCCCAAUUCCAUAAUUCCCAAGGGAAACCCAGUGACCAUCUGGUGCAAGGGAAUUCAUGAGGCUAUUGAGUACCACCUGCUUUUUAAGGGACAACUUUCUGCCUUGGAGAGACAGAAAUCACAUGGAUUGAUGAACAAAGUCAGGUUCCCCAUCCCAGCCAUGACAUUACACACUGCUGGGCGUUACAACUGCAUCUAUCUGAGUGGAGAGCUCUGGUCAAAGCCAAGUGACCCCCUGGAUUUGGUGGUAACAGGAAUGUAUGACAUACCUACCCUCUCAGUGCAGCCUGGGCCUGAGGUGGUCUCAGGAGAGAAUGUGACCUUCCACUGUCAUUUGGAGACUGCAACAAACACAUUCUUUCUGCUCAAGGAGGGAAGAUCCAGCCGCCCACAGCAAAGAUAUGGGAAAAAUCAGGCAGACUUCUUCAUGGGCCCUAUGACACCAGCCCACAGAGGGACUUACAGAUGCUUUGGCUCUUAUAAUGACUUUGCAUGGUCUUUGCCCAGUGAGCCUGUGAAACUCCUGGUCACAGGAUCUAUUGGAGACACCAGUUUUGCACCUACAGAGCCCAACUCUUAUGAUGGAGAAGAUUCUUGGGACGUCUACCCUUCAACCACAAAGACAGGAUUCCAGAAGGAGCUUACUUUCUGGGAUCACACUGCCCAGAAUCUCUUUCGGAUUGGCAUGGCUGUCCUUAUCCUGGUGUCCAUAGCAGGACUACUGGUUAUGGAUUGGCUUAGCAGGAAACGGACUCAAGAGAGAGCCAUCAGGGCUUCAAGUGGGAAUGCAGGAGAAGGUUCAGAGCACAAAGACCCCUCAACAAAUGACCAAGAGAUGCAGUGCUAACAGGCCCCACCACUUGAAAUUCUACUGCGGAGAAUCACAUCCGUCAAUGCUUGGCUGGCCUGGUCUUCUUCGCCCUGGUGCUCCUGUUGGCAGACGCAUGGUACAGACAGAAGACAUCCUUAAAUGGAGGCAGAAGAGCCCCCACGUUCAUCUAACAACAGACACUAAUGACUCUUUACUGGUAUCCAAGGAUUAUGUUGACCAUGGCUGAGGCAGCCAGCAGAGCCAAGGUCAUAGCUGUGUUAUCCACUGAAAUAAUGGAGUGUAGGAGUCCCUGGGUAGUACAGUUUUUAGCACA